AUGAUACCUGACUACAAAUUCGGUUUAUCCCCCUUGACUCUUACGUCUCUUCCGAGAGAUACAGAAAGGCUUCGAACCGAGGUUAAUAAGUUUGUUGAUUCGAUUGCCAUUGAUUGGAAGUUCGAGAAAUCGUUUCAGAGACCCGUCACCAGCAAAGCAACAAAGACCCAGAAAAUUCCAGAAACGGUAAAAGUCGACACGUACAAGACAGUGACGAAGGAUGGUACCACAUGGGCGUCGAGAGUGAGUCACCAUGACGCUCAGGAGUAUACUUUUGCGAGCUUUGCUCACUAUUUGGUUGGUGCAACCCAAAGCGCCAAAGGAGAGUCAAGCUCCGAAUGGACCAUUGCCGAUAUUUCUGAUCACACAAGGUACGAAUCCCAAUUCUAUGAGAUCGUAUCUGGCUGGGAACGGUUAGACCUCGCUAACCUUUCUGGCAGUGCGGAGGCGUUCGCAGACGGAACCUCGGUGUUAAGGGACGAGUUCCUACACUUGAAGGAGUGGUACGCGGUGCAGGUGGAGUUUGAUUUAGGAUUUCCGUUGAAGAAGCGCGAAUUCAACGUGCUUGUGCAUGUCACCAAGCCUACGUUAAACCACAAUGGUGAUCUACAAUUCCUUGUUAUCUCUUUCGUGUUGGACCACCCGGAGACGUCAAAAGGGAAAGUUCAAGGAAGAUACACCUCCUUUGAACGUGUUACGUAUGUCAAAGCCAGGAAUCAAAUCGAGUGGGUUAUGGCCACCUGUUCAGAUGCAGGGGGUAUGAUUCCCCGGUGGGCCCAGAACAUGUCGAUCUGCAAAGCGCUUGCUCCCGACGUUCCCUGCUUUUUGAAUUGGUUGAACAAACAUUAA